AUGUACUGUAUAGACGAAGGUAUUACUGCAGAACUUCGGGAGUUAUACAACAUGUUCCAAAAGUGUCUGGAGAUGAGAGAAAAGUAUCAAGAACGGUCAUUGCAGAGGGAACAAGAUAAUCCAAAGAACAGAGAUGACUGGGAAAUUUAUCCGCCACCACCACCUCCGUCAUGGCCAACACCUCCACCUGAAAUAUUGGCUAAAGUCAAAGAGAGAGAAAAAGCAUUGGAGGCUGAUCCGAUAUCAGCUGUAGGAAGUGAUUUUGAUAUGAAUCAUGUGGAAAUACCCGAUGAUCAUCCAUAUGUCUUUGAUGUAGGGACAGAUGGAUUUUAUGAAGUAUACAAGUCAGAUACAGACAAGGAGAAUCAUCAGGCCGCUUAUGACAUAAUUACUUGCAAGGAAUUUUAUGAUGAUCUUGACUUUAUUCUCAAUACGAUCAGCAAUGGGCCUGUCAAAAGCUUUGCCUUUAGACGUCUUCGUUAUUUGGACUCCAAAUGGCAAAUGUACACUCUCCUGAACGAGUUUCAGGAACUGACAGAUUCUAAGCGUGUGCCGCACAGAGACUUUUAUAAUGUCAGAAAGGUAGACACACACGUUCAUCAUUCCAGCUGUAUGAAUCAAAAGCAUCUUUUACGCUUUAUUAAAGCCAAGAUGAAGAAAUCGCCUGACGAUGUCGUCAUUUAUCGUGACAGUGAGCACUUGACGCUGCAAGGUGUCUUUGAUAGCCUGGGGCUGACAACCUAUGAUCUCAGUAUAGACACUUUAGAUAUGCAUGCUCAUAAGGAUUCAUUCCAUAGAUUUGACAAGUUCAACUUGAAGUAUAAUCCUAUUGGCGAGAGUAGACUUCGAGAGGUGUUUUUAAAAACAGAUAAUUAUAUUCAAGGAAGGUAUCUGGCCGAGAUUACAAAGGAGGUCAUCUCUGAUCUCGAGUCCUCCAAGUAUCAGAUGUGUGAAUACAGAAUAUCCAUCUAUGGACGAUCCGUGCAUGAAUGGGAUAAGUUAGCCAAAUGGAUUGUUAACAACAAACUCUUUUCUACUAACGUACGCUGGUUGAUUCAAGUCCCAAGGUUAUACAAUGUUUAUAAAUCGACUGGACUUGUCGAUAGCUUUGGAGACAUGCUAAAAAAUAUAUUUGAACCACUCUUUGAAGUCACCAAGGAUCCAAGCUCGCAUCCUGAACUGUACGUAUUUCUUCAGCGAGUGGUUGGCUUUGACUCCGUUGACGAUGAAUCCAGGGUAGAAAGAAUGCAUCUCUCUGAAUACCCUGUUCCUAACGAAUGGAAGUCAAGCCAAAACCCACCCUACAACUACUAUCUCUACUAUCUCUAUGCAAAUCUGGCUUCCCUCAACCAUUGGAGACAAGAGCGUGGAUUUAACACGUUUGUGUUUCGACCACAUUGUGGUGAAGCAGGCGACACAGACCAUCUAGCUGCUGCGUUCCUCACAGCGCAUGGCAUUAGUCACGGCAUCCUCCUCCGCAAGGUUCCAGCACUCCAAUAUCUUUAUUAUCUCUCCCAGAUUGGUAUCGCCAUGUCCCCUCUCUCAAACAACGCACUCUUCUUGUCCUACGAGCGAAAUCCACUCCCUCAAUUCUUUCAACGCGGCCUCAAUGUGUCGCUAUCGACAGAUGACCCGCUUCAAUUUCACUUUACACGUGAGCCGUUAAUCGAAGAAUACAGUGUGGCUGCUCAAAUAUGGAAAUUCUCAGCGGCAGAUAUGUGCGAACUGGCGCGCAACUCGGUGCUUCAGUGCGGUUGGGAAAGUAAAGUCAAACGUCAUUGGAUUGGUAAAACCUACCAUCUACCUGGUAUCCAAGGAAAUGAUAUGAGCAAGACGAACGUGCCAAAUAUUCGUAUUGAUUAUCGACAUGAAACUCUCAUGGAGGAACUCAAUGCACUACGUCGAUAUGCUCCUCUCAAGGAUGGCGGUCAAGGUGUCGAUCUCAAAAAAAUGUCCAAGGGCGAAAUGGUCGGUCUGGCUGGUUUGGCUGAGGGCGCUCAAAAGAACAAUAAUGAUAACCGCCUCUUUCCUGGUGUUGCUGAACUGAGGAGAAAGAGUCAGACAGCUCAAGAAUAA